GAAGGAAAUACGAAGCAGACAGUCACGGCAGACACGUGCAUGUUUGGAUAGCUGGAGCUGUCUAACGUUACACGUAUGGAAUAGAUUCAGUUUUCUUUUAUGUUGCUGUAAUUGUUUUCUAGGAUAUAUCUAAUCUACCGUUAGCGUGAUCGAGCUACAAGUAGUUUUGUUUGUUUGUUUGUUUGAAACGGUCACAGUUAAAUCUACGUCCAGACAAGGCUACAAGGUAAACAUGGCCAAAAAUAAACAGAGAGGCAAAAAACAGCAAAAUGUCUUUCAGGUAGCGAGCAGACAAUCAAAACCCAAGAGCAAAGCAAAACCUGUGAAGACCUCCCUAAAACACAUAAACACUUUAAAAAAUGAAAAAGUGGAAAACUUAAAUCAAAUAUUCACCGAAGUACAGAGGGAUGUGAAGAGUUUAUCAAAAUGUACUGCCAUUGAACCAAAAAAAGGACAAAAGGUGGUCAGAGAAGCUCCACAGGAACCUGUAAACGUGGACAAUGCAGCGCUGCUUUUCUCUCAACUUUAGAUCUUCAAAGUUUUUUAUGGCAAAGGAUCAAAUGGACUCUGGACAAAAUCAUUUUGCAUAAAUAGCCCAUCAUACCAACUGAUCAUCUAUAUAGUAUAUUGCAUGGGUAUGCCUGAGAGAUUUUGUUGUGUGUAAUAAUAACUUAAUAUUUCUUCUUGCCCUUUGAAUGCUGAGAGAUGCAUUAUAUAGUUUUUUUAAACAGUGGAGAUUUUUUUCUGCAUAACAUAGCCCAAAAAUAACUUUCCCUAAUGCAGUAGAUAUUAAGAUGUGAAUAUUGUGUUUGUUUGUCGAAGCAUAAAGAGUAAAGCUAUUAAAAAAUGAAUGGUACUAAUGAAACUGAAGUGACUGCGUGUAAUGACCUCUUACGAACACUAGAGGGCGAACAUUCAUUAUGUUGAUCUUACUUAAGCUGUGGUGGUUAGAUGUGGAUGUAAAUAUACAGUAUGAUGUUCAUAUGUCAUUAAAACAUUAUCAAGA